AUGACUUCGCCAAAAAUUCAAAAGGAUAUUGUGAGUGCUUGUGCACAAGAGACCGUGAAAACUAUAAUUGAUGACUUGGAUGGAGAUUAUUUUGGGAUAUUAGUUGAUGCGUCCAAGGAUAUUUCACACCAUGAACAAAUGGCCUUUGCUUUGCGGUAUGUUGACAAAAAAGGCCAAGUGAACGAGCCAUUUAUUAGUCUUGUUCGUGUUACUGAUACAUCUGCAAAGUUGUUGAAAGAAGCAGUACUUUCUUUGCUAAUGAAACACUCAUUAAGUCCAUCCAAAAUACGUGGACAAGGCUAUGAUGGGGCUAGUAAUAUGCAGGGAAAGAUGAAUGGCCUUAAAGCUUUAAUUUUGCAAGAAACUCCAUGGGCAUAUUCUGUUCAUUGUUUUGCACAUCAAUUACAAUUGACGCUUGUAGCCGUUGCUAAAAAACACAAGGAGGUUGAGACUUUCUUUGCUAUUGUUACUAAUGUGUUGAAUAUAAUUGGAGUUUCUUUUAAGCGUAGAGAUCAAAUUCAGGAUCAUCAAGCAGAAUUGUUUGGAGCAAUUGUUAGAGAGUGGUGA